CUUAUUGCUGCUAUCUUUUUAACAGAGCAAACAAUAUAUUGCUUCAAAUGUAAACUUGCAAGUUGGAUGCUACGCAAUUGUGAUGUUGCAGUAAAUGAUUUUCAUUCAGGACAAGGAAUGACCCUCACUAAUGCUGUAUUGAUUGGAAUGAGGCCAAGGUUUUGUAGCACAUCCAUAUCUAAGGUUUGCUUCCCUUAAUGUGUUAUGUUCCUAAGAAAUUCUCAUUAAUAUCUCAUGAAAUAAUUCUCUCCCAGGAAACCUCAUGGCCUCAUCUGUCAUGCCUAUGCUUCUAUUUAACAUUUGCCACUUCAGUCAUUCAAUUCUUAAAUUCUUAGCACUACUUGCAUUAUAUUUAAGGAACACUUAUACUGUUUCCUUGGGGAAAAAACCCUCUUAUCCUGCUUCUUUCUUUGUCUAUAUCCAUUUUUUUUUUUUUUGUUCGGCGUUUGGGUUUAGUUAUUGAACUGAAUAUGUAGGUCCCCAGGGCUUGCUGCUAUGCAUUACCAUUCACUUGAGACUGUUGAUUCCUGAGGUGCUUUCCCUCUUUCUCUUCUAAUUCCAUAUUCAAACUUCUUCUUUCUUUGUCUGUAUCUUUCAUUUUGUUCUAUAGUCUGUAGUUCGAGUUUAAUUAUUAAACGAAAUAUGUAUGUCCCCAAGACAAGGGCUUGUUGCCAUGCAUUACGAGAUUGUUGAUU